AUGGACAUAUUCGGGCCACUGCCGAAGACAGCACAAGGAUACAAAUACGUGUUGGUCAUCAUGGACCAAUUCUCAAAAUUCAUAAAACUGUACCCCAUGAAGGACCAGAAGCUGGAUACAAUUCUGGGACUGCUAGAAGGAAGAUUCUUCGCUGACAUCGGGAUUCCCCAAACGAUAUUGACGGACAACGGAGGGCAAUUCGUGACAGACCGAUGGAGCGAAUUCGCGCGAGAUAAAGGGUUCGAAGCUAGGAAAACCUCACCAUACAACCCGCAGUCCAACCCCGUUGAGAGAGUAAUGAGGGAAUUGGGAAGCGUAAUGAGAACAUACGCAAGUGAACGACAAUACACCUGGCAUCGAAUUCUCCAGAGGACGGAAGAGGUCAUGAACAGCACGGUACACUCAUCCACAGGGUACACACCGCACGAGCUUAACAACGGGGAGACGAUAGAAUUGGAACUAAACCCGCGAUUGAUCCCGUUGCGAACGGAAGAGCUAACAUGGGAGGACAAGGUACAAGACGCGAGAGAAAAAUUGGCACGAGCCGCGAGGAAGAGACGGCGGCAAGCUGACAAACACGGCACGGUGGAAUACCGACCGGGACAAGAAGUCUGGAUCAAGUUGCACCGGAGAUCCGACGCCAAUCGGAGACUGACCCGAAAAAUCCAUUUGGUGUACGAAGGGCCAUACCGAAUACAACGGGUAAUACGCCCGAACGCAUACUUGGUAGAGGACCUAGAAGGGCAGCCGUUAGGGGUGUUCAACGCUCGCCAACUCAAACCGAAUCGCAAAGCCACCCUAGACAACGAGGAAGACGAAGGUAUGCCCGUAAGUGACGGGGAGCAGCUGGAAGCACGCGACGAGGACGGGGGUAUAAGCGAUGACAAAGGCCCGGAACAGAUACCAUCCGAAGACGAGAACCGAAGUACCUAUCGGGAGGACUCCGAGAAUGACGGGGAGCCCGGACCGAGGGGACAAAGAGUGGACGAAAGUAUAAGUGGAGAGGACAGCGGAAACGCGAGCGAGGAGGAACCCAUCGAACGGGACGAUGACGCAGACGACGAAGAAGAAGAAAGUGAACAAAACGAUGACAGGAGAGGUGAGCAAACCAGUGAUGACGAUGAAUCCAUAUUAAGGCCGUCGCAACAGAGGCGGCGCAUACUUUCGGACACCAGCGAAAACGAAGAAAAUGACGCAAGGAAUAGGGACGAAACACCACCUAGGCGGGCAAGCGCCGAGACCGUCAACAUACCAAGCGAGCCCAACGACGACGGGGCAGGGAGAGAAGACGAGCAGCCAAACGGAAGUGGGGAUGAAACAGGAAACGAACAAUGGAGAGAGAUAGCCGAGCGAUGGCGCGCUCCAACUGACGAGGAGACAGAACAACGAACCGAGAAAGAUAGGGAAAAAAUUAUAAUCGACAGCAGUAGCGAACACGAUGAGACUAACAAGCCAGGGCGGAACGAGCGCCAAGCGGAGAGCGAGGAAGACCAGGACGACCAACGAUGGAGACAAAUCCUGGAGCGUCUCUUAGCAACAUCCGACGAGGAACCAAGACGACGGACUGACGAAAACGAAGACGUGGUAAUAGUCUCCGAUGACUCCGACGACUCGUCAAUUCGGAGAUGGCCCAGGCUAUAG